AUGCGCAGGAUGUCCUUCAAGAAAGACACACCCCUCGCCAAUGCUGCGUUUUGGGCUGCAAGAAAAGGAAACCUGGCUCUCCUCCAGCUGCUGCUGAACAGUGGGCGAGUAGACGUGGACUGCAAAGACAGCCUUGGCACAACAGCUCUGAUGGUAGCAUCUUACUACGGCCACAUAGAUUGUGUACGGGAACUGGUGUUACAAGGAGCAGACAUCAAUCUGCAGAGAGAGUCAGGUGCAACUUCUCUGUUCUUUGCGGCACAGCAAGGCCACAAUGAUGUAGUGAAGUUUCUCUUUGAAUUUGGAGCCUCUACUGAAUUUAAGAAUAAAGACGGAGGUACUGCUCUUCUAGCUGCUUGUCAGUACGGGCACACAAAAGUAGUGGAAACUCUGUUGAAGCACGGUGCCAACAUUCACGAUCAACUUUAUGAUGGAGCUUCUACAAUUUUCCUGGCGGCACAAGGAGGCUAUCUGGAUGUCAUCCGAUUGCUGCUUUCUUCAGGAGCUAAGGUUAACCAGCCACGGCAGGAUGGGACAGCUCCCUUGUGGAUUGCAUCGCAGAUGGGCCACAGUGAGGUGGUGCGAGUAAUGCUGCUCCGGGGAGCUGAGCGAGAUGCUGCACGGGAUGAUGGUUCGACUGCUUUACUGAAGGCUGCCAUUAAAGGGUACAACAACGUGAUAGAAGAGUUGCUGAAAUUCUCUCCCACGCUUGGCCUGCUGAAGAACGGGACCUCUGCUCUCCACGCGGCUGUCCUGGGCGGCAACGUGAGGACAGUGGCGCUGCUCCUCGAAGCAGGAGCGGACCCAUGUCUGAGGAACAAGGCAAAUGAACUGCCAGCAGAACUAACAAAAAAUGAACGCAUCCUCCGGCUCCUCCACACAAAGGAGAAGCAAGGGAAAAGCUAA